CUGACAACACUGCGCGCGAACCAAACACGGCGAGGAUAAAGCAAGAUGGCGUCUGACGGUGAAGACGUUAUUGCAGUCGUCACAGUUCAGUGUUCUUAAUCUGUGCGUCCAUGUACACAUAUAUGUCCUUUAUUACACUCUAUUAAAUAGAGUAAACAUCGUUAAUAACUGUUUGCAUCCGGUUAUAUUAAUCUGAGCGCACUUUGAUUCUUCUCGAGCUAGCUUAGCCUGCUAGUUAGCUUAGCUUGUUAGCUGCUAACAAAGAGAGGCGGAAGUGAUCAAAACACAUCGCUAAGCAGAGAUCAAGUGUGAGUGUAAAGUGUUGUGAUUGUGUGAAAAUGUGCGAAAGAACGAUAGCAGAGUACGAGGAGGAACUUUGUCCAACAAAAGAGGAGAAGGAGCGACAACAUCAAAAACAUCAAGUUGUGUUACACAGAAAAGACAUCCUUCAGCUGAUUGGACACCAAGAAGAAUCUCUCCCUCAUCUGCAGGGGGACAGUUUCACUUUAGAGGAUCCACAGCCCUCACAUUUUAAAGGGGACAAGGAGGAUCCACAGCCCCCCUAUUUUAAAGAGGAAGAGGAGGGAGAGUGUCCUGUAGGGCAGGAGGAGGCUGAUCUCACCAAGUUUCCACUGACUGUUGUCUCUGUAAAGACUGAAGAGCAUGAAGACAAACCACCUGAGUCCUCACAGCUUCAUCACAGUCCAAACGUCUGUGAAGAACAUCUUCACCCUGAGCAACAGAAGUGGAGCUUCAGGAUGCGGACGGAGGAGCCACAGCCCUCCCACAUUAAGAAGGAAGAGGAAUACCCACUGAUCCCCCAUUUUAAAAAGGAAGAGGAGGACCAACUGAUCCCUCAUAUUAAAGAGGAAGAGGAGGAACACAGCAUCAGUCAGCAGGGAGAGCAUCUUGAAGGACUGGAGGAGGUUGAUGUCACCAAGAUGCCAGUGACUGGUGUCCCUGUGAAGAGUGAAGGUGAUGAGGUCAAAGGUGAAAGUGAGGAGAAGAGAGAGGCGGAGCCUCCAAGCAGCAGCUCAACUCAACACAUGACAACAGAAGCUGAUGGAGACCACUGUGGAGGAUCACAAGCAGACAAGCUCUUAGCUCCACUAUCAGAUAGUGAGGACACAACGUCACACUCUCCUGACACUGAUGAUGAACACUCUAAAGAUGAUAAGACAUGUCACACUGACAACACACACUUCACAUGUUCUCACUGUGACAAAACUUUUAAAUACCAUUGUCGUCUAAAAACACACAUGAGAAUACACACUGGAGAAAAACCUUUUUCAUGUUCAAUCUGUGGUAGAGGUUUAACUCGUAGGAAACAUUUGAAAGAACACAUGAGAAUACACACUGGAGAAAAACCUUUUUCCUGCUCAGAAUGCGGUAGAGAUUUUAGACUAAAACAAAUGCUGACAGAACAUAUGAGAAUUCACACUGGAGAAAAAACAUUCUUGUGCUCAAUCUGUAGUAAAGGAUUCCCCCAGAAGGGGCAUUUGAUACAACACACAAAAACACACACUGGAGAAAAACCUUUUUCAUGUUCAAUCUGUGGUAAAGGUUUUACUGAAAGGUACCAUUUCAAAGCACACAUGAGAAGACACACUGGAGAAAAAAAUUGUUUAUGUUCAAUCUGCGGGAAAGGUUUUGUAAAAAGUCAGUGUUUAAAAGAACACAUGAGAACACACACUGGAGAAAAACCUUUUUCCUGCUUAGAAUGUGGUAAAGCUUUUGUACGAAGAAGCCCUUUAAAAGUACACAUGAGAAUACACACUGGAGAAAAACCUUUUUCCUGUUCAGAUUGUGGUAAAAGUUUUGUAAUAAAACAACAUUUAAAAGUACACAUGAGAACACACACUGGAGAAAAACCUUUUUUAUGUUCAAUCUGCGGUAAAGGUUUUGCUCGAAGGCAAUAUUUCAAAACACACAUGAGUAUACACACUGGAGAAAAAUCUUUUUCCUGCUCAGAAUGUGGUAAAAGUUUUGCAAGAAAUCAAAGUUUAAAAGAACACAUGAGAACACACACUGGUAAAAAACCUUUUUACUGCUCAGAGUGUGGUAAAAGUUUUCUAAGAAAUGAAAGUUUAAAAGUACACAUGAGAACACACACUGGUGAAAAACCUUUUUCAUGUUCAAUCUGCGGUAAAGAUUUUACUCAAAGGUACAAAUUAAAAGUACACAUGAGAACUCACUCUGGUGAAAAACCAUACUCCUGUUCAAGCUGCAACAAAAGCUUUCGUCACCUAAACACUCUUACAGCACACAUGAUAACACACACAGGAGAGAAAGUGUUGAGUUGCAGUGUGUGUGGUGAAAGAUUCUCUUCUAAGUACCAGUGUAAGAAACACAAGUGUGCUGGUGAGAACAGCAGCAGCAAAUGAAGAUGCAGGAUUUGAAAUAAACUGUCAACACUUUAACCUUGACUUUCUAACAACAUCAGCACAUAGAUUCUAACAUUUAUAGAUUAGAUAUUUUAGAUUAUUGCUUUUUUCAGUUCAGUACAUGUUUUAAUAUACAACAUUGUAUACUUUUAUUUAAAAAUUAACACAACACUUUGACUGUAAAGGUGAGAAUAAACAGGACAAAACAUGUUACAAAUACAUUUUAUGUGUAUAGAGAUAUUUAGAAAUCAUUUUUAAUUAUUAAUGAUGUUAUAGAUGAACUCAUUUAUAUGAUGUACAUAUUUGUUUUACAUGUGUUCAUACCUUUGCUUUUGAGUACACAUAAAUCCCUCUUAGUUCAUAUUUACUGGUUCACAUCUGAAACAUCUUCUGGACCACUUCUGGAAGCAUAUUAUUAUUUACUUUAUACAUAAUUUGAGCAGUUGUCCUUUAUACAAUUUUAAAAUGUGUGACUUUAUGAAUCAUUUGUUGGGUCUCAAUAAUCCAUUCUUUUAAUUAUCUUUAUUACUCUCUUUUGUAAUAUGAAUAUUGUUGUGUGAUUGUUUUAUAUGUAAGUCCCCUUAAUGCAAUAUGCAGAUUAGAGAAAAUGGCAACAUUAUAUGUGGCAGGUUAUGAAGGAUAGUUUUGUUUUUAAUCAUCUACAUUUCUUAUUAAAAAA